UUUUAUAAAUGUUAAAUAUGCUUGAUGUAAUUUCUACAUUUUCUAUUCAUUCCUGUUAAAGUAGAAGGUAUGAUAAAUAAUAUUAUAUAAAGAUAUAGAUAAAUAGGAAAUAUAACUAAAGGAUCAACCGCAAGACAAUCUACUAGAACAAAUUAGAAAUUUCACAAAAUAAAAUUAGACAAUCUCCCAUUUAAAACUAGUCCAAAAAGUGAACAAAGAGAAAAAAUAGAAAUAUAGACAAUAAGUGAAUAAAAUAGAAAAAAUGAGAAUGAAAAUGAAAAUAAAUUUGAAAGCAAUAUUUAUCCAUUGAUAAUAUUUUAAAAAAGUAAUAUUUAGUGAAUAUAAAUAAGUUUCCUACCGUCAGCUUUUAAAAGAAAGUAAUUAACUCAUGAUUUUUAGUUAAGUUUGAAAAAGAAAUUAAAUCCCUUCAUCCAUCUGACAAACGAAAUUUAGUUAUAUACAAAAUAAUGUGUGAACUUUUUUCAGAACUAUAAUUUGAAAUGCAAAAUAUAUUGAUUUGUCAACAUCCUAUUUCAAAACUAUUUUACAUUUAUUUUUCUGAUACUGAUUAUUGUCCUACUUCAAAAUGCUGUAAUUAAAAUGUAGUAAUACGAAUUGGUUAAACAUUAGGUGGAGAGAUUAAAUGUUUGAAUCCUAAAUGUCCUUUAGGAGUUUUAACAACUUUUGAAAUAGAGGAAAAGAUUUUAUGGAAUUCUACUUUUGAAAAAAAGAAAGUUAUUUCUAAUCUUAUAUCAAGUGGUAAAUAUAGAACUAAAAGUUUACUUUAAUCAGUUUAAUUAACUGAAAAUAAUUAUACUUAAACUCAAAAGUAAUAAAAAUUAAAUUAGAGUGUUUGUAAAAGAUCUUCUACUUUCUAUUAAAGAGCUAAUUAAACUAAUUAUGAAUAAAUUUAUAAAUAUGAAUUAUCAAAAAACUUAUUGCUAAACUCCUAAAUUUUUAAUAGGAAUUUUGAUAAUUAAAUUGAUGAAAAAUAUAAUUAUAGAUGUAAAUUUUAAUGA